AUGCCAGACCUAAGUACAGUUUUUCUUGCUACUUCAUUAACUGUUCUCUACGGUGGUUCAUUAGUAAAACUUAUCAACGAAUGUUUUGUUAUAAGUUGGAAUCAGAAACAAGAUAUAAUUACUGCUGAUGAAAACUUAAUAAAAAGAUUAAAAGCUGCAUUGGCAAGAAAAGAUUUUUUAAAAUAUCAUUCAUCCGAUCCUAUUAAAACAAUAAUAAAUACAACAAAAGCCAUGACUAAAUCAUUAAAAUUUUACAAUAGUAACAAUGAACAAGUUUUUAAAAUGAAGUUGGGUGUUAAUGAUGAACUUGACCUUAAACUUGGUGAAAAAGAAGUUAAUUGGUGA